AUGCCAGGUAACUUCAGACAGUAUAGUGCACUACGGAGUUCCAAGACGGAGAAGGCGGACGAAGAACAGGAACACCUAGGACCGAAACCUACGGAGCUCAAGUCCAGACUGCGUAUGCCAAGGAAGAGAUCAAAUCAUCAUACCAAGAGGAUGAAACGAGCAGGCGAAGCACGGGAGAUGCCGAGUCUCCGAUCCAAUGAGUAUACGAGUCUCUCAGAAGCAGACUACUUAAUACCAAAAGUGAGCCGAGGGAGGACAGGAAAUUACAAAAGGACGUCCGAGAAUAACAAGAGACAAAGUAGAAUUCGGAAAAGUAAUGAUGAAGAACUAUCGUCCCAGAGUAAUAAACCCCCCAAAGCAAAAAAAGAAGAAAGAGGGAACAGGUGGCUUCAAGAAUUAAAACCCUAUAAGGAGAGAAGAAUAUAUGAACUACCAGCAAGAACAUUAAACAGGUUCAGGCCGAAACAUAACCCAGCGCGGGAAACACCGCUGUUAGAGAACAACCAAAACAGGAGGAAGAACAGGGACACUCCAGAGCAGAACAAGCAGAGGAGUGAGGAAUAUAAAGGAAAGGAAUCUCCGAUCCCUCAAAGGAACAGUAUGAAGCCCAUAAGAACUUCCAAAAUAGAAAUCCACACUCCUCUGAGGGGAAGCUCGACCAACCCAGUAUCCCAAAGGAAUCCAAAUCGAAGAACGACAACGGAAAGCUUUAGCUACCCCGAGUUGAUCACACCAAGUCUAGAAAACGGACCCCCAAAGAGAACCACCACGGGGCCCAACUAG